CUCGGCGGGCUGCUGAGGGCAGCGGGGGAGUCUGCACAGAGGGCAUCCUGCACAAAACAAGCUAUGGUGUCUGAGUGAGUUCCAGCUUGCCCAGGACUGGUUUCCUCUCUGCUGCCAGCAUGGCAACGUCCCUCAGAGCCCUGUGGCCCAGGUUCCUGUGGGUGCGCCCAGCGGCACCCUGUCAGCAGGCCCUGCUGCAGAGUGGAGCUGUGGAUCAUGCUUGCCAUAAAUCUACCUACUCUGUUCUCCCUGAAGACUACAACUGCAAAGUGGAGCUUGCAGUGACCUCGGAUCUGAAGACAAUUGUCUGCUACCACCCCUCGCUGGAGAUUCCAUAUGAGCAUACCAAACCCAUCCCGAGGCCGGAUCCGGUGGACAACAAGGAGGAGACCCUGGAUCAGGUGCUGAAGGCGCGGCUGAGCAGCCAUGAGCUGAAGAACGACACAGGGCCCACCAUGGAGCAGCUCAGCAAAAUGUUUUACACCACAAAGCAUCGCUGGUACCCUGUGGGGCAGUAUCACAGAAGACGCAGGAAUCCCAAUCCUCCCAAAGACCGCUAGCGAAGAGGAGCUUU